UGCUUUGCUUUACCUCUGGCCAGGCUCAAUCUAAACCCUUCGCUCCCGCUCCCCCGCCCCCUCCCCCGGCUAAUCCUCCCCUUUAUUUUAGAAACACACAAAACCAGGUUCCACGCAGCGCUAUAGUGGCUACAAGUGAAAGAGAACUGAGCGCCCUGAAUCGCUGGGGGGAAAUUGGUCUGGCUGAAUAGCCCCGGCGAGGGACGGGCGGCUAAUGGGGGCCAAGGGGGGUGCUGCCGCCGCGGCCGGGCCCCCCAAACCAGGUGGACACGGGGCUUUCUCAAUGCCCGCGUCCUCGCAUCUGAGGGUUCUGCAAAUCCUCCCCUCCCGCAUCAAGUCGUUUUAAUUAGAGAGAGGAAGGGAAGGACCCCCAGCAUCCAGGCGCUCUCGGUUGCAACGGAGCUGAUUGCAGAUGGGUUGCCAAAAUAACUCGAGCAUGGUUGCGUGGUAGUUGCUUUAGGAAGGGAAAAAAAAUUCAUUCUCCCCCUUCUUAAAGAAAAAAAAAUAAAAAAAAAGAAAGAAAAAGAAGAAGAAGGAAAAAAAAAUCCUCACGCUCACUCGGAGUGGCUCUUCUAACCCCAGCAAGAACUGGAGCACUCUUUUCCACCCAACUUGUGAAUCGCACUUGCCUUCUAAUUUGCCACAUGCAAAACGAUUCCUCUGCUUUGCAAGUUGCUUUUUAAGAAGGGAGAGAGAGAGGAAAAAACGCAGCUCGCACACGAGCGAUUUGUGCGUCUUAAACUGGAAGGAAAUUGUGCGUGGAGAGAAAGGAGGGGGGGAGCUCCUCUUCCUCUCUCUGCCCCAGCCCACCGCGCUCCAGCCCGGCGCCUCGGCUCGGGGAAGAUCCAUGGUGGCAUCCCCAUGUCAUUCUGCUCCAAGUGACUUCAUGUGAUGUCAGCUUUAAAUGUACGAGACCGUGAUCUGACGCUCAGGAAGAUGUUUGCUAUCAAAAUGUGACGGUGGCCACACUGCGCUGCUUGGAUGAGGCUCGCCGGCGCUGGGCAAAGAGCCGAGAGCGGGAGCGACUCGCUGCUCACACCAAGUUCCCGCACGGCGGAGCGACAUGGCGAGCCCGGGGUCGCUGGAGACGGUCAUGCCUUCCUCCUGCCCCCGGCACGACGGCAGGGCCGCCGCCGCUAACCCCUCCAAGACCCUGGCCUUCUCCAUCGAGCGGAUCAUGGCCAAGACGUCGGAACCCAAGCCAGCCUUCGAGCAGAGGCACGGAGGGCCGGAGUCGGAGCCGGUCAAGAAGCCGCUGAGCCUGUGCUCACCCCUGCCCUGCGUGAUCCCCAUCCCGCCGCUGAGCUACGAGGUGCCCUCCAAGACUCUCAGCUACUCGGAGCUGUGGAAGAGCAGCCUGCGGGGCGGCGCCGGGCUCUGCAAAGCCAACUGCGGCGUGUGCUGCAAGGCAGAACUCGCCCUGGGCCAGCCCAGCGGCCGGCUCAUCAAGCCGCAGGUCAUCCACCAAGCGGGGGCCGUGCCGGCCGCCCCCCGCUCCCUUUACUACUUCAAUUACCUGGACGCCGCGUACCACCCGGCCGACAUCCUGCACGGACAGCUCUUCCCCGCCGGCCUGCUGGGCGCCCCGCCGCCGGGGGGCCUCUCGGCCCACCAGAAGCUUUUUCUGCUGGAAAACGCCAAGCUAGCGGGGCUGGCGGCCGAGAAGCUGCCCCCACCGCCGCCCUUCGCCCAUAAGGAGCGGCUGCCGGGACACCUCGACCAGGUGAUGAAGGAUGCGGCGGCGGCGGAGCGCGGCGGCCCCCCCAAGGGCCACGCCAAACUGGGGGGCGGCGGCGGCGCGGCGGAGGGAAAGCCCAAAAACUUUACCUGCGAGGUCUGCGGCAAGGUAUUCAACGCGCACUACAACCUCACCCGCCACAUGCCGGUGCACACGGGGGCCAGGCCGUUCGUGUGCAAGGUCUGCGGGAAGGGCUUCCGCCAGGCCAGCACCCUGUGCCGGCACAAAAUCAUCCACACGCAGGAGAAACCCCACAAAUGCAACCAGUGCGGGAAGGCGUUCAACAGGAGCUCCACGCUCAACACACACAUCCGCAUCCACGCCGGCUAUAAGCCUUUCGUCUGCGAGUUCUGCGGCAAGGGCUUCCACCAGAAAGGCAACUACAAGAACCACAAGCUGACCCACAGCGGGGAGAAGCAGUACAAGUGCACCAUUUGCAACAAAGCCUUCCACCAGAUCUAUAACUUGACUUUCCACAUGCACACCCACAAUGACAAGAAGCCCUUUACGUGCGUCACUUGCGGGAAAGGAUUUUGCAGAAACUUUGAUUUAAAAAAGCACGUCCGAAAGUUGCACGACAGCGUCUCCAGUGCUCCUCCGCCGCGGGACCCCGGGCGCAGCGGGCAGAGCUAAGGGCCCCGCACGCCGCCUCACUCGGACCUGCUCCACCAGGCCAGCACUAUUUAUCCAAACCAGCCUUUGCUUCUCUUCUUUUCCCCAGCGAGCUCAGCCGCCGGUAGCAAGCGAUCCCGAGCCGCAGUUGUAUAUAAGAGGAAUCUUAUUUAACGGCGCGUUGCGCCGCUGGAGCAGGCCAGGAGGGGCCGGGCUGGCCGCCCCCCGCCAGGACAGCGCUCUUUAUCCGUGUCUGUAAAUCUCCAUUUUAAAUGUACGCUCGAAUAAGUGAGGAAUAUAUCUAUAUCUAUAUCUAUCUAUCAUGGGACAAUAAACCGACCCUUCGCAGGUGUCUCAUUUCCCACCUCGGCCCCGGUCCGAACUGGGGACCGGGCUUAACGGCGCUGUCCGCCGGCUAUACGCGGCUUGCGGGAGCUCCGGGAGCCGGGACGACGGCGGGGAGAGCCAAGCCCUGCCGCCCCGGGGCCCACCGAGCGCUGUGGAGGAAACCGAGCGAGGGCGGGAGGGCAGCGGGCGGCUUCCUGGUGCUGCCGCCCCCCGGGGAACGGGGCAGCGCCGCUGCGGGACCCCCGGCGGGCUGCGCGAAGGGUGGUUCGGAGUUUCCCAGCGCCGCUUCCCGGGGUCGGUUCAUUACGGCGUGUUAAAUCCGCUGCUGAAUGACUCUCUUCCCCUGCAUGCAGAUAAAAUGAUCUCACGCUUGCUUUCCGAGUAAUGACCCAAAUUAAGAGAGAAAACACAGACCCUUCAAACCGCA